AUGAGUGAUUUUUUAAAAGAUAUUAUGGCAAAAGUUUUUGAGGACUAAAAAAAGACUGUUACAGAUUAAAUUCUAAAUAUCAAGACAACACCUUACAAUAGACUUAAUCUUAUUUUAAUUUUACUGAAAAUCACCCUUGGAGACUUUGUAGAGGUACCACCUAAAGAGGAAUAUCUACACAAUUAAAAAGUACUUUAAAGUAUUUAAGAAUACUUCCAUAAAUGCAUAGACUCUAUUAGUCUCAACCUAGAAGAAAUCGAGUUAUUUCACAAAUUUGUAGAUUCUCUAGACACUUAAGAAAAUUACAUAGAUAAAAUGAUUAAAGACGGAGAAGGUUUUGACUAUGAGCACUAAUAACUUGGAGAUAUAAUUAAAUUUUGCCUUGAUAGCUUCAAGAGUGAACUCUACAAAGAAAAUAUUUGA